CCCUUCCAGUGGAUAUGCUCUAAUUUAUCCCAUUUUCUAAUAAUUAAAAUACUUGUUUGUACAGUCACGCCUUUAACCAAUUACUACUGGGACGAGGCGCUGUUCUAGACACCAUGCGACGAUGGCUCAGCAAAACGAAAAGGCACUUACUCCCCAAGAACUCGCGAACAUGCUGUCUAGAAUGCAAGAUGAGAAAGAUCCAAUGUAACAGAAAGCGGCCAAGUUGCGGGAAUUGCGAGAGUGAAGAUCGAGCAUGUUGUUUCGAGGAUCAGUAUACUUUGCUGGAAGAGCAGUCGCCAGCGACACGGUCCUCGAUAGACCUGCGAUUCAUAUCCAAACUUCUGAAGCCCCCGACGACUGCGAAAACUUGGCCACCUAUUCGAGACUCCGGUGACUCUCAACAUUUAAGUUUAUUCCACCAUGUAGAAACUAGCGAGUCCGAUAGGAUGGUGGCCAUUCAACCCAUGGAGCCCCUCGUCCAAGCACAUAUAACUUCCGCGCUAUCAACCUCCUAUCUCAUGAACCAAUUACUGGCGUUUUCAACCCAGCACCUUAACAGUCUCUAUCCGGAUCAAAAUCGAGCCUACCAUAACCCAAAAAUAUGAUUAUAGAAUCAACCAUCGAGUCCCUAUCAAUACCAAAGAAAACGGCUUGGGUGAAACUACGGGGGUUGCUCAUAUUUUAGUUAUGCGCUAGUUCACAUACUGAAGCCCGAAUCAUAGGUGCUAUCGGCUAAACCCGGCUGACAUACAGGGGACACAGUACUGUAGGUAGUUUUUAACGUUAUACUGGGAACUACUGACGAUUAAGAAUGAUUAAUAUUCUUAGAAUCAUGCUAUGCCCGAGUUUGAGAAGUGUCCGAG